UAAAGGGAAAAUUGCCAAAACAGAAUAAAAAAACAGAAUGGUUGUCCCUAUGGUAUAAAUUCAAUCUAAAGUUGUCCCUAUAGUAUAACUUUCUUCAUAAUACCUAAACUAACCUUAAACUAAUCCCAAAUUGUAUUUAAAAAAUAUGGAAAUCAAUUUGUAAAAAUGGUUGCCGAAUAAAAAAGAAAAACAAAGGGAAAAUUGGAAAAUGGAUUAAAACCAUUCUGUUUUUUUUUUCCCGUAACCCUAAUAAAGAAAACAAUCUCUCCGCCUCUCUCUACGGCGACGACGAAGGCGAUUCUGUCUUCUCCGGUGAAAUCAACGGCGACUGCAGACGCCACCGGUGGAACCCGUUUCUUUUCCCCUACCGGUGGAACCCUUUGUCUUCUCCUACAUAUUGAAGGCGAUUUCGGAACUUCUCUUGGUCAUUGGUGAAAUCGAGUUUGUCUUCAACCUCCCCGCCUCUCUCUUUCUCCGACAUUGCUAGCGCAUAAGAUAUGGAGUUAGAGCUACCUAAGCGAGUGUAUGCAGAGGGUUUAGAACCUCAGGUGAAGAAGAUCAAUAACUGCUGCCGCAUGGAACUUAUCAGAGAUCUGAAGAAAGCUAUGCCUGCGGAGUACGAUGAUGUCAAGAUAGAUCCUGUUUUCAAACAUAUCAUGGCGAUUGCGGAAAAUAACCUCAAGUUUUCGGGGAAAUUGGUGGAUAGCUUCUUGUGUAAGCAGCUGAUUACCUCGAAGAUGCAUGAGAAGUGGUUUAUAUUUGCAAGGAAGCCUCUCCGGUUUUCGCUUCAGGAGUACCACACUGUGACAGGCCUCAAGAUCUCGCGGGAAAGUAGCUGUGACGUAAUUAAAUGGAAAAGUGAUGGCGGAUUUUGGAGUGAACUACUAAGGACAGGUGGUAAGAUCACCUUGCAGUCGAUCAAAAAGGUGCAUCUACAAGAAGUUCACAGCUGGUCUCGGCGUGAUAGGAUGAGGUUGAUCUACUUGUGUGUGAUAAUGGGUGUGGUGAUGGGGAGAGAUGAGAAGGUGAACAUCCCUCAUAUGUACAUCAAGCUGGUGAUGGAUCUCGAGAAGCUUCGGAACUUCCAUUGGGGUCUUCACUCCUACGACUUCUUACUGAGUUCCAUUGAGAAGGUUAGGAAGAAGUUGGGUAAGAAGAACAGCUACAUUUUCGAGGGGUUCUCCUAUGCGUUCCAGAUUUGGAUUAUGGAAGCAAUUCCGGAUUUUGGAGAAAUAUGUGGCAGCAAAGUCUCGGACAGUUUCUGCGGUCCAAGGUGUGGAAAUUGGAAAGGAGUUGCAAAAGUUUCUUAUGAAGAUAUCAUUCAACUUGAGGAAUCGUUUACUGAGAAGGGAGAUUUGUUCUCGGUAAUUUCAGUAAGUGGCAAUGGUGAUGUGUUGAGGGAUGCUGAUUAUACAAGGAAGGAUGAGAUGGAAGAUGAGCGUGUGGAGCUUCUUCUCGAUAGGAUUAAAAAGAACUUUGAUUGGAGCAACACAGAAUGGCCAGUUAUAGAGGAUGAAGAGACUGAGAUGGAGGAAGCCGAUACAGAGUCAGAAGCUGAUAAGAGUGUGGAUGCUACUGAUAUUGCAGCAGAUGUGGAGACAUCUUCGGUCCAUGUUGCUGGAAGAGGCAAGAGAAAGAUUCAGGAUGAAGGAGCCGAGUCAAGAAAGAAGAAGUUGUUGUGUAAGCGAACAGCAGAAAAAAAACAGAGUAUUGAUCAAGAAACUAAGAGUUUCAUUGAGGGUUUGGUCCACUCAUCUAUCAGUUCCUUGGGCGAUAUACUCAGAGCGCAAAUGGCGAGUAUGGAGAGCAUGUUCAAAGAGAGGAUCGGCAACAUGGAGAUCGAGGUUUCACAGCUCAGGGAAGCAAUCAGUUUGAGGGCAGAAGGAAGCGUUCCUAAGAGCAAAACCGAUGAAGCUGCGCCUAAGACCAAAACCGCUCAAGCUCCUGCAAAGAAAAAGGUCAAUCAAGCUCAAGCUCAAGCUCCAGCAAAGGAAAAGGUACUUCCUAAAAGAAAGUGUAGAACUUGAUGUUCUUGUAUCUAGGAUGCCGCGUAAGGGUGCUGGAACUAGUCUUUUGGAGUUAGGUUGUUUUUGGAACUAAACAUUUUCACAGUGUAAUAUUAUGUAAAACUUUCGGAUAUUGUAAUAGGUUUAUAAAUGUGUAAUAUGCUUGAAUGUUUGUGUAAUGAUAACUCCAUGAAUGUAAUGCUUUCUUUGUGUUUUGA